GCUCUUUUACAAAAGUAAUCUCGACUCCUCACAGUAAAAAAAAAGCAACUAUAAGAUAUACAAACACAGCAGCAAGUUUUUAUUUCAUUUUCCAAGAGAAAGAAAAUGGCAGAGAAAGUGAACAAGCAGAUGUACCCCUCAGCACCAACAAAUAAGCAGCCAAGCAGAGACGAAGAAUCAGCCACUUCACUAUCCGAUCAAGAGCUUCGAAAGAAGAAAAGGAUCAAGUUGGGCAUAUAUAUUGCUGCGUUUGUUGUGUUUCAGGUCUUAGUUAUCACAGCAUUUUCACUUACUGUGAUGCGUGUGAAGACCCCCAAGGUCAGGUUGGGCACGGUCUUGCUUCAAGACGUGAAGACUGGAAACCAAACAUCCCCUUCUUUUGACAUAAGCUUCACGACCCAAGUAAGGAUCAAGAACACCAACUUUGGCCCCUUCAAAUAUGAGAGCACCAAUGCCACAUUCACUUACCAGGGCGUGACGGUAGGGCAAGUCAGUAUUCCCAAGGGUAAAGUUGGGUUCCGUUCCACUAAAAAAGUUACUGUUACUGUGACAGUGAAUUCAAAUGCCCUGCCAAUUAGCACCACUUCGACUACUCUUGGAAGUGAAAUGGGUGCGGAGGUGUUGACUCUGAACAGCCAUGCAAAACUCGGUGGUAAAGUGGAAUUGAUGUUUGUGACGAAGAAGAAGAAGGCCGCCGAAAUGAACUGCACCAUGCCUAUCGAUUUGUCAACAAAGGCUGUCCAAUUGAAUUGCGACUGAACACACACACACACAUCUGUCUAGCAGUUUUAAUCUUCGCUUUUUUUCUUUUUUAGUUUUUGCAGGAUUUGUAGUUUGAUUUUUCCCUGAUC